AUGGGCACAAUGUACGCCAUACAGUGGCACGAUGUUAAAAACAGCCAGAGUUGUCAGGUCAAACAGGUGGAGGUGGCGGACCUGCUGCUGCAGAUCAAUGCGGCGAUGUCGACUUAUCUGCCGGAUUCCGAACUCUCCAGAGUGAAUCAAACCGGAGCUGGGGUCUGGGUCGACUUGUCACCUGAGCUGGCCGAGGUUAUCAGCGUUGCACAGAAGAUCUGGCAGCAAUCUGCUGGCGCUUUUGACGUCACAGUUGGUCCGCUGGUUAAUCUGUGGGGAUUUGGUCCAGAUACCGGAGUUAUUCGCCCCAGCCUGGCUCAGCAGCAACGGGCCGGGGAGUAUGUCGGCAUGGAUAAACUGGAAUUUAACGGCUCGCGCCUGCGUAAGCAGCAUGCCGACCUUUAUAUUGAUCUUUCAGCCUUAGCCAAAGGCUAUGCGGUUGAUCGGCUGGCGCAACUUAUGAGCCAGAGGGGUUGUGAGCAGUUUAUGGUAGAUAUUGGUGGUGAGAUUCGCACAAAGGGGAUAAAUCGCCAUGGCAAGCCCUGGCAGAUUGGUGUCGAGGUGCCUGACUCUAAUCAGCUGGGUACGCUGCAGACCGUGCUUGCUUUAUCAGACCUCAGUAUUGCAACCUCAGGUGACUAUCGAAAUUUCCGACUUGUCGACGGCGUCAGGGUCGAUCAUGUUAUUGAUCCGAGAACGAGGAUGCCUGCUGCAAGUACGGUGGUCAGCGCCACGGUUCUGCACCCGUCUACGAUGUGGGCGGAUGCUUAUGCCACCGUCCUGAUGGUUCUGGGUGUAGAAGAGGGGUUGGCAUUUGCCAGCGAGCAGGGGUUUCCUGCUUAUGUGAUGUAUCGGACCUCAACGCCUGAUGAUGCACAGACAUUCGGCUUCGCGGCGCGCUACAAUAAACAAAUGGCUGGGUAUUUACCGGCUGAAGAGUAA